UGAUUGGGUUUCAGAGGGUUUUGGCCACUUUCUGGCUGAUCAGGGUGUUUGGGGCACUUUUCAAACUGGUUUUAGAGGGCUGGUGCACUUUUCAGAUGUUCAAGAUGUUUUUGGCCAUUUCUCAGCUGCUUUGAGGUACUUUACAUUUCAUUUUGUCGGGAUGGUUUUAGACUUUGGAGAACUUGGGGGCCAGCUCAAAUCAGCCAAGACCAGCAAACAGUCUUAGGCUGGUUUAACAUUUCCUUUUCCCUUUUUCCAUACGAAACUCCCAAACGAUGAGUCACCCAAGUUUCCUUGAAUAGUUUUCUCUAUUUUACACGUUAUAAGUGAGUCAAAGCGCCCUACCUCUUAAACACAGAGGACAAGACCAUCCGCCCCCAUUCAAUUCACAGAAGCGCUGCAGGGCGAAAUUGACUGCGCUCAGGCGUCGCGCUGAGCACGCCAUGCUCUCCAUCGGGACCGGAGGAGAAAGGCACGCCAAAACCACUGAUCCCGAGCCCGUCCUGUGAUUAUCUCCUGUCAGAUGUACAGGCGGAAACAUGCCUGCAUUCCUUUGUCUGGGCAAACGAAGAAAGUAAGGAGUCACGGCUGAUUUGUUUUUAAUAUUCCCAUGUUCCACAUGAGGGAGGUUAAGAUUGGAGAAAGCAUUUGUCUAUUAGUGUUGCUUUUUUCUGGGCUUGUGACCUGCUCAGGUGUUUUUGGAAGCCCUUUAACAGAUGAUGUGGCCACGUUGGACACACUGAGUGAAAACAUUCCCAGCGACUACAGAAUACCUAUCCGAUUCAUCACCAAGGAUGUGGGUGGAGCUUGCUGGCUAUAUGUGAACCUGUAUCACGUUGAAAGCAGUUUAAAAACAUUGGCCCUCAAGUUUGGCAACCUGUCCACCAAUAAAGUGAACAUCACUAUUUUUAUAACAAUGCUGGAGGGUUUUCGUUUCACUCUGGACAAUGAGGAGCUGGAGGUGACAAUGCAAACAUUCGAGUGCCACUAUAGAAGGGGAAAGUGGCCGACUAGACGUUACUUUAGCCAUGUUAAAGAGGUUUUUACAGCGGCUGGAUCUAUGCUUGGCAAGUUUCAUGACUGCACACCUCCUCCUUGUCAGAUCCCCGCAGCUCCUCCAUUCACACCAGGUCAAAGCAGACAGCAGUAUGGUAUGAACGGAGCGAUUCACGGGCUCUUGGCGCUGUUCAUCAUCCCAAGCAUGGCACUUCUGGUCCUCUCUGUCAAGAUAGUAUUCAGAAGAAGCUGCUGUUGUAUGCAAAGAAUGCAUGAAGUCAGCUUGAAUGAGCCCCACGACGGAGCUGAAGAAAGCAGAACCGAGCCCCACAGCGGAGCUGCGCAAGGGGACCCUGAUUCCAGCUCUAGCAGCCAGCAGGACAGGGCGUGGGUGGAUUCUUUAGGGUGUGCAGACACAGAGGUUUAAAUUAAAAAUGCAUGAUGAAACUCAUUGGAAAUGGCAGUAUUUUGUGGUGGAAAUCUCCGGGUUUAUGAAGCGGACAAUGAAGGGAAUAUUUUGGCUGUUCCAGGAGGGAUGCAUGAGAUGUUUCUAGACUUACUCAUCAGGCUGUACCUGCUCACCACAAAAAAAAAUAAACAUUAGGCUGAAGAGACGAAUCGCAACUUGUGUCAGGCUUAAUCAAUCAAUGAGAGUCUGUUAUUCCGGGAUGCCUGCCUAAAAACUAUGGGAGAAUUUCAUCCGGCAGGAAGUGUGGCUCUUUGAUGAGCGAAUUGGCUGGUUUGCUGCGAUGCCCGCGGCAGCUUGUUGCCUUUGAGGAACGCCGCUGGUCCUGCAGGCCUCUGCAAGGAGAAUAAAUGGCUUUUUUGUGCCAGCGCCCCAUUGCAUGAGGAUGGUGGUUUAUUUUGCACCAGAAAACAUAUUUGGAACAGAGCACGGGCUUGUCUUGAAACACGUUUGAUUUAGAGCGUGGACAACAGUGCCAAGAUUUUUGGCGUUUACUACUCAUUUAUUAACCAUUAUUGAACCAGAUGAGAUCCUCACAAGAUCCGGUUCUUCUGAAGAGGGAAGGAUCUAACGGCUCUCCUUUCAUCCACUUUAGUUUUAACACGUCUCUCACACAAUCACACUCUUGCUGGAACAACUGAACGUCUCUGCCCCUCUUGAGGGGGUCUGUAAUCCUGGUCAUCGGUCCGACUGCAUUUUAUUAACUAGUUUGGCCUUGUACACAUGCUCGCACACUCCAGCAGCGCAACAAGAGCUGAUUGUUUUGAUGAAAACAUGGGGAGAGCCAGAGAGCAUGAGAAAAGAGCUCACAUGGUAAAGAACAUCAACAUGACUCAUGUCCCAUAAUUCAAUCUCACUUGCUAUAGCAUCUCUCGCUCAUUCUAUUCCGGUGUCUGUUUUCUUGCUCACUGUAACUAAAUGACAUUGUCGUGAGAUUAAGCCCAAUUGAGUAGAUUACAAUCGAUUUUUCAGUGUUCGGAUUAGAUUAUUUUAGAUUAGUCAAUGUUCAUGCGGCUUCUUUCCGUACAACAAAAGCCCCAAAAAGUGUUUGAACACUUAAGCUGCACUUAAUGUAUGAUUUCCAAUGCAUUAUGUAACAGAACACCAAACCAAGUAAUCUUUAGGCUAUUUUGAAGAAAUAAAGUACAAACACACUUUUCAAGUAGAACAUUUUACGAAAAGAAGUUUAUUUGGUUUCAAACGAUAAAAUAAUAGAUAUAUUGGAGACAAUGGGUUUGGAGACAUUGUGGUUUUAUACUAUUUUAUGACGAAAAUGUUCAUAUUAAAUAAGACCCUUUUAUGCUAUUUUGGAAUAACUUUUGUGUCACUGUCCCAGCGCAUCCCAGACAGUCCUGAAAAUCCCCCAUUGACUCAUUGUGCAUCACUCUGUCCAGAGCAGAAUCAGGUACUGACAGUGGAAGUCUCAAGCUUCUCUCCAUGUAAUUUUCUCUUUGUCUCCAUCAAUGCAUGCGCUGUCAAAUGUUGUCGUAAAGCAUGACUGCCAACUCAUAACCACACGAGGUCAGUAAUGUCAGCCUGGCUAUCAUCAACCACAGAGCAACUGUAACAAAGGGGCCUCUCAUGCGGACAGACACGCUGCUCUUUAUGGCCUAUAGAGAGUGUUGUCCGUCAAACUUCAGUCAAAGCCCACUCUUGACUCGCCGACUCACACACAGAUACUUUCACACACUAAAUGGCCCCCAGUGUCAUUAACAUCAAGUCUUGACUCAUAAAGCAGGUCUGAGUGUGCAGUGAUUUACAAAACAACCUCUCAAAUCAUCCGAAUAUCACAACUGAGAGCUAGGAACCUUCAUGGCACGAAAAGCAAGGGAUGACUAAUGGUUUAUGCACAUUUUAAAUACAGCUUGUGUGUUAUUUGUUCUCUGUUGAUUAGUAAUAAUCAAAAUAAUAUAAAUAUAGCCCUUGCAUAUAAAACAUGUUUAUUUUUAAUUGUAUGGUUCAAGUAGAAAAUGUAGAUUUUUAUUCUUUAUUUAAAAAGUGUUUUGAAUAUUUUUUUUUUCCAUAUAACAGUGUUUUAAAAUUAUUGUUAUUGCUGGUAGUUAUUGUGUGGAUUGUCUCAUAUUUGUUAUAAUUUCAGGUCAGUAUUUUUAUAUAAUUACACUACUACAGUUAUACAAUACCUGUAAACAUGUCAUGGGGCAUUUAAAUAAAAUGCAAACUUAUAAAAUCUGCCAAAGAAAAAAAGAAAUAGUUAAUUGUCUGUCAUCGCACCCUGAACUGUGACUUCUACGGAAAUAUUUAGUUUUAAAAAGCCUUUGACUUUAGAGGUCUGGAAUGAAUUGUUUGAGGAAAAGAUGCUGGUUGUCUUUAAAAUGACACAUGAUAUUACUGGGAACAGGCACUAACCUGAAUUUAGUGUAACAAAACAAUGGUCUUACGAGAAGGUUUUUAGAUGUCUUUGGUCAGGCACAGACCACAGCAAAUUAACCCAUUCCAAUCUGAUCAUGUUACAUGAGAGAAGAAAUGUGGCUUCAGUAAUCAUCAGGAUUGUAGCUCUGAUGCUAGUUUUAUUGUUGCAUAUAUCCCUGAUCAUAACUGCCACUGUAGCCCUGUUGGUAAUGCAAAUUAUGUUAUAUUUGACUGUUAUCCUGUUCAGGAUAAAAUUCAGGAUUGUCAUAAUUCCCGUCAACAUAUCCACUGUGAUGAUAGUAGCCACUGUCCAUUUGAGGGUCAUAGGUUUGACUAUCAAAUUGAUUAUUUUCCAUACUGUACUCCUGGUGUUCAGGCUGUGCUGCUGGAUUCUCCUCAGUGUCGUCCAGUAGAUUAUUGGGAUGCAGUUCCCUCGUCUUGAGGCCGAUGCAUUUGAAGGUUUGGAUGCCAAAGAUAAACUGCAGAAUCUGA